AGAGCAACAGCACAUCUGUAGCCAUGAGCAACACCGACAUGAACAUGAGGGGCAAGGUCAUCUUCUACGAGGACAGGAACUUCCAGGGUCGCUCCUGGGAGUGCAUGAGCGACUGCUCUGACUUUUCCUCCUACCUGAGCAGAUGCCACUCCUGCAGGGUGGAGAGUGGCUGCUUCAUGGUCUACAACCGUCCCAACUAUAUGGGCCACCAGUACUUCAUGAGGAGGGGCGACUAUGCUGACUACAUGAACAUGUGGGGAUGGUCUGACUGCAUCAGGUCUUGCCGUAUGGUCCCCAUGUACAGAGGCCAGUACAGGAUGAGGAUCUACGAGAGGGAGAACUUCGGUGGUCAGAUGUAUGAGAUGAUGGACGACUGUGACAACAUCAUGGACCGUUACCGUAUGAACAACUGCAUGUCCUGCAACGUGAUGGACGGCCACUGGCUGAUGUACGAGCAGCCCCACUAUAGAGGCAGGAUGAUGUACUUCAGGCCUGGAGAGUACAGGAACUUCAUGAACAUGGGCUGGAGCGGCUCCAGGUUCAUGAGCAUGAGGCGUGUCAUGGACUCUUGGUAUUAAAUGUUCUCAGACUCUAUGAAAUACCACCAAAUAAAGUAAUUACUGCACUA